AUGAGUGAUGGUAGUAAAGAUAAAGACGACAUUCCAAACACACCACCUAAAAAGAAAAUUAGGUUACGAAACUGCCAAUUCAAUAAAGAUUGGCUCAACGACCCCAACUUCAAAAAGUGGUUGGCAAGUGAUAACAAUAGUAACAUGGCGAAAUGUACCCUGUGUAAAAUAACGUUUAGCGUAAAGUAUGACGGAAUUAAAGCCGUAAAGUCCCAUGGUGCUACAACAAAACAUUUAAAUUUAGAAAAAAGCAGUAUGAUGGGCAGUAUUACAAAAUUUUUUGCCUCUAAAGAAUUAAAAGAUUCGGAUUCCGUAGCUAUAGCCGAAUUAUCGAAAACUUAUCAUACUGUUAAACAUGGCCUUAGUUAUCUAUCAUCUGAUUGUGGUAACAAACUUGACGGACAUAUUUACCGAGAUUCAGCAAUAGCUACUAAAAUACAUUUAGGGCGAACAAAACUGGAAGCAAUUACGCGCAAUGUUUUAGCGCCUUAUUCGUUGGAAGUUAUAAUUCGGAAGUUAAAAGAAGAAAAUCUUCCAUUUUCAAUAGCUACGGACGCUUCCAACAAAGGCAGUAGGAAAUUUUUUCCUUUGGUGAUACGUUUUUUUGACCCCAACGAAGGCGUUCGAGACUGCUUACUUGAUUUUUAUGAAGAAGCAGACGAAACUUCUGAAUCACUAAAAAAUACAAUAUUAAAUGCACUGCAAAAACUGCAACUUGAUAUUGCUAAUGUAACCGCAUUUGGAGCAGAUAAUGCGUCCGUGAAUUACGGAAAACAUUGUUCAGUAUACCAAAAACUUACAGAAAUUAAACCAAACAUUCUCAAAGCUAAUUGUAACUGUCACAUAGUUCACAAUGCAGCGAAACAUUGUCUUAAAUUAUUGAGUUUCGAUGUGGAAUGUUUGGUAAUAAAGGUGUUUAAUACUUUUAGUUGUAGCGCAAAAAAUGUGGAAAAUCUCAAAGAGUGCUCCCAAUUUGUUCAAGAAGAAUACCAUCAAGUGUUGAGACAUAUACCAGUGCGAUGGUUAAGCCUUUAUGCGGCUGUCGACCAUUUAUUACUAAAUUGGAACGCUAUAAAAACUUAUUUUUUGCAACAAGGAAAUGAAAAUUGUGACCGUGUUAUAUGGAAAUUUAUAGGAGAUCAAGAAGAUCAACUCUCAGAACACCCAACUUUUGCUGAAUGUUAUAUUUAUUUUGUUCAUCAUAUUCUGUUCACAUUUCAAUCGACAAUUAAAAUGCUGGAAACAUCUAAUUUAGUUAUUACGGAUUUAUACGAUAUUAUGUCCGAUUUAAGAAGCAAGUUAAAAAGGCGCAGGGAAGAUUUAUUUUUUGGAUCAAAACCAACCAAGCACUAG